UCUCUUGCACAGCUGGUUCAACACAACUCUUGCCAAAGGAUUAAUCAUUUAUCGUCAUAUGACGUAUGACGCAUUAUAUAUAGAAUUGAUUCAAUUGAGUCGUUUGAAACGUAAUAUUAUUGCGCUAGGCGUAUCCGGCGCUUAGAAUCUAAGUGUAAACCAAGUAAAAGUUGUUCCUAAUCUUCGUAUUUCCAUUUUUCGGACUUUGGACGAACCGCCGCUAGAAACACCGUAGAAAAAAUGGCUGCUCCGAUAUAUAAUCCCGUCAUACCAUGCGUGCACCCGAUCCCCGGCGGCAUGUACCCUGGCCGCAUGAUCAGGGUGCAAGGUACCACGCCCCCUGGCGCUCAGAGAUUCGCCAUCAACUUCCAGUGCGGGCCGAACACGGACCCCCGCGACGAUAUCGCCCUCCACCUGAACUUCAGGUUCGUGGAGAUGUGCGUGGUGCGGAACCACCUCACCGCCAUGAACUGGGGCGUCGAGGAUACCAGCGGCGGGAUGCCGCUCAACAGGGGGGACUCCUUCGAGGCCCUCAUAUUGUGUGAACCGCACUCGUUGAAGGUGGCGCUAAACGGUAUCCACUUCUGCGAGUUCCCUCACCGCGUGCCCUUCCAGAGGAUCUCCCACCUGACAGUGGACGGUGACGUCAUGAUACAGCUGAUCGGCUUCGAGGGCGCUCAGCCGCCCCCGCAGCAAAUGUACAUGUCCGAGCCCCCCGCGUACGGCGCGUACGGGGCCCCGCCGCCCGCCUACGGGGCCCCCGGCUACGGGGCGCCACAAGGAUACGCACCACAGCCAGGGGUACAGUACGCCCAAGGCAUGCCCCCACAAGGAAUGGGCCCCCGCUUCGGCGGGCCCCAGCCACAGUACGUGCAGGGCCCGCAGCGGCGCGGCAUGGGCGCCGGGACGGCGGUGGGCAUGGGCGUCGGGGCCCUCGCGGCCGGCGGCCUGGCCGGGUACGCCCUGGGAGGCGGCUUCAGUAGUAAUGACGCCCCGAGCGAGGUUCACGUAGUCGAUUCGAUCGAUUUCGGCGGCGACGACUGGAUGGACUGAAGGCACCGGAAGAUGAUAGUCGCAACACUAGUGUGUGCCACAACACUACUGCUUGUGAAACUAUCAACUAUCGUGUAUGCAGCUUUGAGGCUGGGCUAGUGAGUUGAUAUAAAUAAUUAUGUAUUAUUUAAAAAGUACAAAAGAUAAAAUAAAAAUGUAUAUUUGUUAAUAGUGACAUCACCUAACUUGCAAUUACAAUAUUGUUGUCGAAAAGUUUUAAUUGUUUCGGUCAUUUUUUUUUGAUCUGUCCAAAGGUUACUCCUAAAACGGACGAUUUGUGAGAACAUAUGAUUUGUACUAUUGUCUAUUAUAAAGUGGUAUCGUGAAAUUGAGAUUGUAUUUGCAGGUUUGGUCGUCGCUACUGAAUUAAAUAAGACUUUGGUCCGACUAAAGAUUUUAAUUAUGAAAGAAAAUUAGUGAAAAAAAUUACUUAAAUGUUAUAUAUUUGUCAAAAGCUAUUUACUUCGACCCCCGCUGAUAGCACGGCGUUUAUAUGUCUGACUACGUAUUUUGCAAUCGAACAGCAAAAAUUGCACUACAAUUGCUAGCAAAUUGCACUCCACAGUAUUAAGUAUUGCAAUAGUAUGAUACAUAAUAAAUUUGACAGCAAUUCUCGAGCAAUUUUCGUUGUCGAUGGCUAUUGCUUAUAAAAUACGUAAUAUGUUGAAUGUACUUAUGUAAAAUAGAUAGAAAAUUAUAUAUUGAAGACAAAA